AUGGCGCGCGUGCUGCACCGGGAGGGCUGCCGGCUGGGUGAAGGGAGGAAAGGACAGGUCAGUCGGUCAGCGCCUGGCUGGCCCCAGGAGGUGGCGGCCGGUGACCGCAGGCCGGGUCUGUUGCAGGUCAUCAGCGGCGGCCACUACGACGUGGACUGCUACGUGCAGGACCCGCUGGGCAGCACCGUCUACCGGGAGACCAAGAAGCAGUACGACAGCUUCACCCACCAGGCGGCCCACACGGGCGUCUACCAGUUCUGCUUCAGCAACGAGUUCUCCACCUUCUCCCACAAGGUCGUCUACUUCGACUUCCAGGUGGGCGAUGAGCCCCCCAUUCUCCCAGAAAUGGGGAGCAAGGUCACGGCUCUCACCCAGAUGGAGUCUGCCUGCGUGACCAUCCACGAGGCCCUGCGGACCGUGAUCGACUCCCAGACGCACUACCGGCUCCGGGAGGCCCAGGACCGGGCCCGGGCCGAGGACCUCCACAGCCGGGUCUCGUACUGGUCUCUGGGCGAGACCAUCGCCCUGUGCGUGGUGGGCGUCAGCCAGGUGCUGCUGCUCAAGAGCUUCUUCACCGAGAAGCAGCCCGGCAGGGCGGCCCCCUCCCUGUUGGGGCGUCUCGGCCGGCCCCUCCACUCAGCACCCCGACCCUGCACACACCCGAUGUGGUAA